GGGCGCCACGGGCCGAGGAAGCUCGGCGGCGGCUCCGCCUCCCGGGCUCGCUGGGCGGAGAGGUCCAGCCCGCCCGGCCUCGUGUGCUGCUGGAGGCGAUAGCAUGGGCUGAAGCUGCUCUGCCGCCGCCCCCUCGUACAAUUGGUGUUGGGGAAAGACCAGCCAGUUGUCGGCUUCAUGGCCACGGAAGCCACCGCCGCCGCCGCGGGACCCGGCGCCCGGUUGCCCUCGUCUCCGACCCAGCGAGAUUUCUACUGGCUGCGCUCCUUGGUAGCCGGAGGUGUGGCAGGAUGUUGUGCCAAGUCAACCAUUGCACCAUUGGAUCGAGUAAAGAUUUUGUUGCAGGCUCACAAUCAUCAUUACAAACAUCUAGGUGUGAUUUCUACACUAUGCGCUGUGCCAAAGAAAGAAGGCUUCUUAGGAUACUAUAAAGGAAACGGAGCCAUGAUGAUUCGAAUCUUUCCAUACGGUGCAAUUCAGUUUACAGCAUUUGGUCAGUAUAAAAAGGUGAUAAAGAACAGGCUUGGCAUUUCUAGUCAUAUUCAUCGGUUAAUGGCUGGAUCCUUAGCAGGUAUAACAGCAGUGAUCUGUACAUACCCCCUUGAUAUGGUGAGAGCACGGCUGGCAUUCCAAGUAAAAGGGGAUCAUAAGUACAGGGGAAUUAUUCAUGCAUUCAAGACCAUUUACACCAAGGAAGGUGGUAUGCAAGGAUUUUAUCGUGGACUUAUGCCAACAAUAGUCGGAAUGGCUCCAUAUGCGGGUUUCUCAUUUUUUACCUUUGGUACCUUAAAGAGUGUGGGACUUGCUCAAGCGCCUACCCUGCUCGGGAGGCCUUGCUUAGAUAAUCCUGAUGUCUUAGUUUUGAAAACUCAUGUAAAUUUGCUGUGUGGUGGCAUAGCUGGAGCCAUAGCACAAACAAUAUCAUACCCUCUAGAUGUCACUCGUAGACGAAUGCAGUUGGGAGCCAUACUUCCUGAUUCUGAAAAAUGUUGUACAAUGGUCCAAACAUUGAAAUAUGUUUAUGGAAACCAUGGAAUACGAAGGGGAUUAUACCGUGGAUUAUCAUUGAAUUACAUCCGUUGUAUUCCUUCUCAAGCCGUUGCCUUCACCACUUAUGAAUUUAUGAGGCAAUUUUUACACCUCAAUUAAAGACUGAUGAUUUUUUUUCCAGUUUUAAUAGAUUGAACAGUAAGUUUCAGAAUAUAUUUGAGAAAUCACUAGCAUUUAAAGUGCUUUCUUUAAUAUAUGAAAAUACAGCAAAAAAUUGAAGGAAUUCAACAAAACUUGGCAAAGUUUACUCUGUAUGUAUUUUGUGAGAAUGUAUAUGGUCUUCUUAACUGAAAUCUAUAUGGUUCCAAAAUACUGUAUGUUUGUGUCCAGCGUUAAGAAUUUGAUCACUUUUUUAAAUUAAGGAAACUUUUUUUUAGGAGAUGUCAAUUUGCCUUAGCUAAAAUAUAAGUUGUAGGCACACUUCAAAUUACAUUCCAUGUAAUUGAAUUGAAAAUGUUUAUUUGCUAAUGUGGUUAGGGAUGAUGUAUCAUUCAGUGCUGUAGAAACUCAAUUCAGAGCCUGUUUUUGAGAGCCCAUUCAUGGAUUAGUAUAUUGGGUAACUACUUUCAGAUUUUUGUAAUAGAAAAUAGCUCAUACUCUAUCUAUGAUACAUUGUUCCUUAACUAGAAUGAAAAGUGAAUGAAAAGUGGUGCUUAGAUUCUUACAUAAUUUAGUUUAGCCCUGUUAAUUAUUUCAUGUUUUUCCUCUGAAUCAUGCUGUAUUAUAAAUAGCUUUUGAACUUCUCUCAAAGUAGAUGGGUGAAUGGGUGGGUUUAUAACACAAAUAUACAUUGAAACAUAUAGCAUUCUGAAAUUAAAUGUAAUCCUUUUGAUAGAAUCUCUGAUAAUGCUCUCAAUCCAUUUUCAGUUUGCCUCUACAUUUGAAAAAACAGUACAGAAAAAAUUAAAUGAUCCCUGGGUAUUAAUACUUGAGAUUUUCAAUAACACUAAAAUGAAUAUUGUACACGUCUUCUCAGCCUAACCUUCCAUAUUUUAUAAAUGAUAUUAAGAAACUCAUUUUAAAAAGAAAAUUGUUUGACUUCACAAAGAAACUGUUUGGAUUUCAUUUACAGAGUUCAACUGAAAUUAAAAAAAUAAAUAAGCAGAAGACACUGCUCCCAUGCUGUGAGCAUGUGGGAUACUGCUGAAAGUUUUUGCAACUUUAUAGCACUAGAUAAAAUACUUAUAUAAAUAAAUUAGGGUAUAUAUCUUUAGGUUGGCCAGAUAAAAUAGUGUUUCUGCAUGAAUUGCACUUGGAUCCAGAUGCACAUCUAUCUACAAGAGAGAAGAUAAUUAAAACAAAAACCAAAGAAAGAAUGCUAAAAGUCUCCUGUCCUAAAACAGUUUUCAAGCAGGAAUUACAAUUCAUCUGCUUUGCAGCCAGUUUUCAGUAUCUGCAUAAAUGCAGCUUGUAAGUAGAUAGUUCAUUCUGUUACCUUUGAGUGAUUUAUGUGUGACUUUACAACUUCUCUGAUUGGGGCUUGUGUUGUUAUUAAUACCUUGCUCCUUCCUUUUUAAAUGAGCCUGCCACAAGAAUGAAACUUGAGCAUUUUUGACAAGUUCUUUUCAGAUUAUACUGUGAUGAUGAAUUGCAAGUUGACAGCCCACAUCUGGAUGUUGUUAUUUCAUUUUCAGGGGAACUUGCUUGUAUUAGUAAUUAAUCCUACCCUUUUUACCUGGAUGACGUUGUAGAUAAAUUGUUUUCCUGAACUAGCCUACUUCUUCAUGAGACUCUUCAUUCCUCCUAUUUUAUUUUCCUCUUGCCCAUAGUGAAUUGAGAAUGUCUUUUAAGGAUUUAUUUGAUCCAUGGACUUUGUAUAAGUAGAAAUCUGAUGAUCACCCUUAAAAUUGUAAAAUUACUUUCCUUCUCAAAAUUUUAAUAUAAAGCAAUUUUAUUUAUUUAUUGUAAAUAGUAUAUAUUGAUUAUGAACUGAAAAUGGCUAUGUUACCAAAAAGUAGUAGCUGUAAACUGGGUAUUGCUCAUGGCCUGUACCUAGGACACCUAAUCUUAAAUUCUGUGGUUUGACUUGAAUGAAAAUUGAAGGUAUAUACCUUUAAAUAUGUAAUUUGAUAUAUUUCUGGGCAGAAACAUGUACCUAUUUUUUUAAUAAAAUAACUUGUAUAACAAUA